AUAUAUAUCCGAAUUCCAAAAUUGUGGCAAUGGUGUGCAUGAGUUAGAUUUUUAUGAAGAGAUAUUCCCUCUUCUCUGGAAAUCCAAAUGCAAAUGCUCCUUCCACACAUUCUUAAUUUCUUUGUGAGAGACUAGCUGGGCAAGAACACAUCCAAUACUUACAUUUCAAUGUUAUUGAGGAUGGAGAAUUAUAACUCUAAUUCAAGGAAUAGGAUGAUUUUGGAGAGAGGUGUCGUUGGGCUUGGAAUAGUAGCAGCCAUGAGCAUGAGCAAGACCAAUGUUGUCUCCUCAGCUAAACCUGCUGCUAACUUUCGUGGCAUUUUCUAUGCUUCCCCUCUCACUCCUCAUUUUCUCACUUCCUGCAAUCUUUGCGACAAACAUCUUCAUGGGGUAGACAUCUUCAUUUACAGAGGCGAGAAAGCGUUUUGUAGUGCACAAUGCCGUGAGACUCACAUUAGAAACGAUGGUGAUCACCAACACAAGUACAGGAGCAGGUCUCGUGUCAUGAAACCACUUGUGCACAAUGCCGUCAGACUCACAUCUCCUCAUCCUAUUCUUGCAGCAUGAACAAAAUAAUAUCACACUUUCAUUUUAUUACAUACUAUUAAUUGAAGCGCCAUCAAUCUCAAUAAAGAUGGGAAACCCCAUGCCUUGUUUCUAAA